AAGCAGCAAGUGAUCAAGUAAAUAGGACGUCAUUCAAAACCUUCAAUAUUUUAGGCUUUUUGUGGUUAUUUUAAUUACUCAUUGUAAAUUUCUUUGUUGUAUUGAAUUUAUGUGUUUACAAAGGAAACAUGAUUUCUUCUAUUUAGGUUAAAUUAUAACAUUGAUAACAUAGCACAUCUUAUAAUUCAAGAAAGUGCUUCAUAAUGGUGGACCCUAUUUUUGAUUAUCAGUUUCGUUUGAUUUUAAUUGGAGACAGUACUGUUGGUAAAAGUUCACUACUUAAAUAUUUCACAGAUGGAAAAUUCGCAGAGAUCUCAGACCCUACAGUUGGAGUCGAUUUCUUCGCAAGACUGAUAGAAGUGAAAGAUGGCGCAAGGAUCAAACUACAGCUAUGGGACACAGCUGGCCAGGAGAGAUUCCGGUCGAUUACCAAGUCAUACUACCGUAACUCGGUGGGUGCCCUGCUGGUGUAUGACGUAUGCAACCGAGCCAGCUUCGAGCACAUCCCCGCCUGGAUGAUGGAGGCGCGCCGCCACAUCGAGCCACACCGCCCCGUCUUUGCCCUCGUCGGCUGCAAGCUCGACCUCGUCGUAUCCAACCCCGCGCGCAGGGAGGUCACUGAGGAGGAGGUAAGAGACUUUGCACAGCAUCACGACCUCUAUUUCGUGGAGACGUCUGCGAAGACUGGACACCACGUGGAGGAGGCAUUUAAUGCGAUCACACAGGAGGUCUACAACAGGAUACAGUCGGGCGAAUACAAGGUGGAGGAUGGUUGGGACGGCAUCAAGACAGGGUUUGCCCGGCCGGGGGGAUUCGACUUCAACCUGGUGGAGGCCGAGCCGGCCAAAUCGUCCUGCUGUUGAGUGUAACUCCACAAGAACACGGAUUAGUGACGUCACGAUCCUUAACUGGUACGUCAUUAUCAUCAGCUGUAAUGGCUUUAAUCGUCAAUAGUGACGUUACCAAUUGUCAGCUGUUACGUCACUAAUCGUCAGCAGUGACGUCUGCCAAAUCGACGUGCUGUUGAGUUUAACUGCACACGAACACACCUCAUCAACCUAGAAGAGACGCUACAAUCGUCUGUAGUGACGUCACUAAUCGUCAGCGGUAACGUCACGAAUGGUCUGCUGUGACGUUAUUAUGGUCUGCUGUAACGUCAAAAUCAUUAUCAACUCAACUCUUUCUGCAUACAAACACAGAUAAGUGACAUCACAAUCGUCAGUAGUGAUGUCAAUAAGUGACAUCUGUGACAUUGGAAUCGACAGUAGUGACGUUAAUCAUCAGCUGUAACGUCAUAAAUUCAACAUUGCUGCAUACGAACACAGAUAAGUGACGUCAGAAUGUGAGGACAGUGAAUGUAGGGAUUACACGGACAAACCAAGUGGCAAGCAUUUUGGAAUGAGUACGUUGUUGCAAUUGUGAACGCAGCUGAUUUGUGAUUUUAGCUUUGAGACUUGUGCGUUCACACAAGCAACAAAGUAACUCAUUUCAAUGACAUAAUAUACC